AUGGCCUUCAAGAACGGACUAAGUGAACGUCUCGAUGAGCUCCGAUUUCCAUCUCCGCGCUCGCCCCCCUCAGAGACUCCUUUUCCUGGUUACUCGUCACUUUCCCCGGGCCAUUCAAGUUUCGUUUCAGCGUUUCCACGGCCCACGGGCGAAGUUCGUGCGAAUCUCCAACGCCGCUUUACAACGGACGCAAGCAAGCUAUCUUCUUGGAACUAUGUGAACAAUGUCGGGCCCGCUCCUCCUCCUCAGGCGCCCGAUGCGCUAGAUCUACUCUCAUCGUUUGAAAAGAAACGCCAGCACAUUGAAUAUAUGCGAGAACAGAAGCGAAGAUUUGAAGAAGACAUGAAACUCCUUGACUUGCAACACGAAAGAGAGCAGUUGGAGAUGAAUCAGCUUGCCAAAGAUCUUGCUAAAGCAGGGAUCUCUGGACCCGUCAGCGAGCCUACGACCCCCCCGGAGUAUCGCGAGAACGGCUUUCCAGGUGCCUUCUCUCGGCCUACUCGCUUUUCAACCUCCAGUGUUACCUCGUCUCCUGGUUUUUUCAACGUUUUCGCGUCUUCAGUUACCAGUCCUCCAAGUCAAAUGAAUCACGACUCAGCCCAGACCUCAACCAACCGCUUCGCUGUUCAUUCAGUUCCCGGAUCUCGCAGAAACUCUGAGAAAGAAGACUUUGGAAACGAGCCUACAUCGCCAUUUCGCCCUGGGCCUUCUAUUCACCGCUAUUCUAUGCCCUCGUCCGGCAUGGGCUCUCAGAUUCGUCCUGGCAACUCCGGGUUUAACAAUUCUUCUACCUUGGAUACAUUCAACGCAGCCAAGUACUUGCUCCACAACGACGACGAUCGAUCUACUUUGAAGGAAGAAGAUCGGAUUCCAACUCCAGACAUCAAAAGCUAUCUCAAGUUGACUGAAACGGACGAUAAAUUCCCCACCUUAUCUCGUAGCAACGGCUCAAGCUUGCUCUCAGCAAAUUCGGACGCCUUGGACCUAGCGAACUCGAAGACUCCAAACCCCGAGUCCUGGAACUCUCACAAUCGUCAUCGUUCUUCGCACCAAAGCAUGCCGCAAAACGCCCUCAACAUGUUUCGUCUCGGCCACAUUGGCGGUUCGCCCGAAGAAUCCCACGUUGCUCAACCCAAUGGCUCUAGACAUGCUGCAAGGCACUCACUCGAAGCAAACGUGUUGUAUGCAGCAGAGGGCAACCACGAGGCUACCACGCCCACCCCAACGAACCGUCCAGCUCCUCUACAGUCCUCAUACUCAACUAAUGAUUUGCCUACUGUUAAGGACGAUGGGUUCAACCCCGCAAUUACUCCUCCAAAGACUCACGCAGAAAAGCUCCACAAACACAACGCGAGCCUUGGCCGAAUCCCACCCAACGCUGUGACCCCUCGUCAGAAGGAGUCGCCAGAACAUGAGGAGGUGAAGCCAAGCCAGUCCAGGAACCAGUCAACCAUGUUACAACCGAACGCUGCACCAUUCGGACCUCAACUAGGUACUACAACGUCCGGUAACGCAGCGGUGCCACAGAAUUCCCUAGGCGGUUUCCAACCACCGUUCUAUGGCUACGGGGUCCAGGCCUAUAUGGGGGCGCCUAUGCAAGUCAAUGGCCAAUACAACCCGUCACCUUCAUUUGCGGGUGGUUAUCCAUCCUAUGGGAACUACCGCCUUGGGGACAACUCGACUAAGCCCGUGGGAUCUCGUAGAAAUACUGAAGGAGACUCAGCCCAACUUUCCCGCUUUACAAAUUACCCUCUUGAACACUACCGUGGUGAAAUAUAUGGUCUUUGCAAAGACCAGCACGGCUGCCGAUAUUUGCAGAGGAAGCUUGAGGAGCGCAACGCAGAACAUGUCCAAAUGAUCUUCGACGAAACUCAGUUGCACGUCGUCGAACUUAUGACCGAUCCUUUCGGCAACUAUCUAUGCCAAAAGCUUCUCGAAUACUCCAACGAUGAGCAACGCACAGCUCUAAUCAACAGCGCCGCACACCAGCUCGUCAAAAUUGCGUUGAAUCAGCAUGGUACCAGAGCCCUUCAAAAAAUGAUUGAGUUCAUCUCCACCCCUGAGCAGACGCAAACAGUCAUCCACUCCCUAAAGGAUCAUGUUGUGGAGCUGGUCCAGGACUUGAACGGUAACCAUGUCAUCCAAAAGUGCCUCAAUCGUCUUUCUGCAGAUGACUCUCAAUUCAUCUAUGAUGCUGUCGGUGCCAACUGCGUGGUCGUUGGUACCCAUCGACACGGCUGCUGCGUCCUUCAGCGUUGUAUAGAUCAUGCAUCUGGAGAACAGAGAGCCCGUUUAAUCGCUCAAAUAACCUCCAACGCGUUUGCGCUCGUUCAAGAUCCGUUUGGCAAUUAUGUUGUACAGUAUAUCCUUGAUUUGUCUGAAGCCCACUUCACAGAGCCUCUUUGCCAGGCGUUCCGUGGAAAUAUUCCCGCUCUUUCCAAGCAAAAGUUUAGCUCGAACGUGAUCGAGAAGUGCCUGCGCACGGCCGAGAUGCCGGUACGCCGCCUAAUGAUUGACGAAAUGCUGUCGGGAGUUGAGCUGGAGAAAAUGCUACGUGACUCAUUCGCAAACUACGUGGUGCAGACCGCCAUGGACUUUGCCGACCAAGAAACUCGGACCCGCAUUGUUGAAUCCGUGCGCCCUAUCCUGCCUUCCAUCCGCCAGACGCCUCAUGGACGCCGCAUCGCCGGUAAAAUGAUGGCAGCUGAGACCUCUGGAAGAAGCAGCGCUGCAACCAGCGGCCAGGUCACACCCAAUGAAAUGAACUCCGCACAGCUUCCAGGACCUUUGCAGACGCCUCAGAAGUCCUUCAUGUACCAACAUAACCCAUUUCCUGUUUCUGCUGGAGGCGCACAGUUUGGCAACCAGAGCUAUGUUCCUGGGUCCGGCACUGGCUCCUCAAACACUCCAUCUGGAGCUAGUGAGAACUCCUCUGGUAUCUAUAGUGCGUCCUCCGUCUCCCAACAGAACGGCAAUCUUGGAGCCCAGAAUCAGGUUCCAUCUACUAUUGUGGUCCACGGAAUAUCCGCCACCUGCAAGUCAACAAUUGUCAGUAACGUCCUUGCCCGACUCGAAGUCCCGCACGCCAUCGUUCGGAGCCCCGAAUGUAUUACGGGGCGGCAUUUAUUGACAAAGAUACUGUGGGCCAUCUUGGAAGCUCUUGGACGGAAAGAUGAAUGGGAGCGAUUUGGAAAAGGAAGAUGCGAACACGUCAGUUCCCUUGCGGUUCUGCUGGGAGAAUGUCUUGCUUCCAACCCCGGGCAGGCAAUCGGGAAGUUCGUUUUGGUUUUGGAUGGGAUUGACAAACAGCGGGAGGCGCCGUCGACGCUAUUACCUGCGCUUGCAAGAUUGGGUGAAAUUAUCCCAUCCCUCUCUGUUGUUUUGAUUCUCAGCUCUACACCACGCCCAUUAUUCCUACAGGCAUCCGGUGUUCCACAUAUUAGCUUUCCUCCGUAUACCCGCAAGGAGUCGAUUGCUAUCAUUUUGGCUGCUGGUGCACCGGCUGCACUUGACCUACCUGCGGAAACGUCGGCGCAAUUGUACCCUCACUUCGUCUCUGCAGUCUACGAUUCUUUGGUCGGUCCAACUGCGAGCUCCAUUCCUGUAUUUAGAAAGAUAUGCGAAAAGCUGUGGCCUCAGUUCGUUUCUCCAAUUACCAAUGGUGAAACUCCGCCUGGCGGAAAUGAAGAGUGGGAUUUCUCUCGGCUUCUCGUGAAAAGUCGUUCCCUCUUCAGACGGCAGGGCGAGGAUGCUCUCGUUCACCGCAUUGUCACGGAAGACGCGCUACCAUCCACUACAAAUGGGUCUCUCUUCAAGCCGUCAUCGCUACUAUCCGCCGUCUCGGCACCUUCGCCUCUCCCUACCUUACCCUACUUCGCUACCCUUGUCUUAACAUCUGCAUACCUAGCCUCUCACACGCCACAACGGUUGGACACCAUCUUCUUCUCGAAAUUUUCCUCUUCAUCUUUGUCUGCGCGAAACAAACGUGCUCACCACAGACGCCGUCUAAAGGUUCUCUCACAGGCGCAAGCAGCAGAAGACCGAGAAGCCAGCCAAGCGUCAACACCAAGCAGACGAGGCAAAGGCAAGAGGACAAAGACUCGAAUCACCAAAUCCAUCCUCGAAAACGCCUUUGCUACUACCUCUGCAACGACCUCCGCCGCAGGUGGUGGUCCCGGUAUUACCGGGCCAUCAACCAUCUUAACUGCCCGCCCAUUCCCUCUCGAACGACUCCUCGCAAUCUAUCAUGCCAUUGACCCUAACCCACCCGCCAACCCGCUACGUGUCGCCGCGAUUUCUGACGCAAUCUACGCCGAGCUCGCCACGCUACGUCGUCUGCGACUAGUCGUACCCGCCGCAGGACGUGCCAGCGGUAGUCGCAUGGGUCUGGGUUCAGCAGGUGUUAACAGUGGGAAUACUACAGCCGACGUCGGCGAGAAGUGGUGCGUGAAUGUUUCCGGCGACUGGAUUGGAGAGAUGGCCAAGGGCAUCGGGGUCGAGGUUGGGGAAUGGCUAGCCGGUGGGCUCGAUUAA